AUGUCUUUGCCAUUGAAGACAACAUCUUUUCCUUUUGCUGCUGCUAAGCCAGCAGCAGCAGCAGCAGCAGCAGCAGCAACACCAGCAGCAGCAACAACAACAGCAGCAGGAGAUGUAACUCCUGCAUCAGCAGCAGCAACAGGAGGAGGAAGAACAACAGCAGCAGGAGCAGCAAAAGGAUUUGCUUCCUUUGCUGCUCGUCUGCAUGCAGGGGCCCGCAGCAGCAGCGAUCUUUUUCAUUCCCUUGCUGGCUUAAUUCCUGCUGCUGCUGCUGCUGCAGAUACUCCAGCAGCAGCAGCAGCAGCAACAGCAGCAACAACACCAGCAGCAGCAGCAACAGCUGCUGCUGCUGGCUUGCAAGAUGAGCCCCUCAAGAGAUCUUUCUCUGCAGCAGCUGCUGCUGCAGCAGACCCUCAGCAGCAGCUGCUGCAGCAGCAGCAGCAGGUAGAAGAACUGGAUGACUUUGAUGGUCCUGUGCUGCUGCGGCAGCUGCAGCAGCGGGAAGCAGAGUUGCGGCAGCUGCUAGACCGCAGCAAGCAGCAGGAAGCAGCAGCUGCUGCAGCGCAGCAGCAGCUGCAGCAGCUGCAGCAGCGGCAGCAGCAGGAACACAUUCUUCUUAUGGAUGUGCUGCAGCGCUUCGGUGUAGUAGAUGAGGAGUUUGCUGCUGCUGCUGCUGCAGCAGCAGCAGACUCUUCUUCUUCCUCCUCCUCCAACAGCACCAACGGCAGCAGCAGCAGCAGCAGCAGCAGCAGCAGCAGCAGCAGCAAGGAGAUAGAUGUAUUUGUAUGUGUACAAAGAUUAGCAGCACAUUUGCUGCGGAUAGAAGCAGAUAGGGAAGCAUUAGCUUCUUUUUGUUUGCUGCUGUUCCCUCGUGAGGUGUCUCUGCAGCUUGCUGCUGCUGCUGCUGCUGCAGCAGCAGCAGGUAAUGCAGCAGCAGCAGCAAAAGCAGCAGCAGCAAGAGCAGCAGGACCGCCACUCUCCUCGGGCUUGCUGCACCGCAAAUGGCUAGAGAGCGAGGAAGAGAGGCAGCUAAGCAGCAGCAGCACGAAGGCGCAGCAGCAGCAGCAGUUGCUGCUGCUGCAGCAGCAGCAACAGGAACUGCAGCAACAGCAGCAGCAGCAAGAGCAGCAAGAGCAAAGAUUACUCGAGCUGCAGCAGCAAAUCGCCACUGUUACAAGAGAGAAGGCUUCGUUGCUGCUGCAGCUGCUGCAGCAGCGGAAAGCUGCUGCUGCUGCUGCUGCUGCAGCAGCAGCAGCAGAUGUAUGCAGGAACGAAGAGUCAAUGAGCUGCAGCAAAUGUAAGUUGCUGCAGCUGCAGCAAGCUGCUGCUGCUGCUGCAGCAGAGGAGCAGCAGCAGCUAGAUGGCAUUAGCCCUGAUGGACACAGCGAAGGCCUAUGGGGGAAGGAACGCAGUUGCAGCAGCAGCAGCAACAGCAGCAACAGCAGCAGCAGCAGCAGCAAAGAAGGAAUAGACAGUGCUGCUGUUUCUCCUAUAGGAGACAAUGAAGUUAAUGGGCAGACGCUGCAGCAGCAGCAGCAGUUGCUGCUGCUGCAGCAGCUGCAGCAGCAAGUUGAAUCCCUGCAGCAGGAGGCGCAGCAGCAGAAGCAGCGUGCAGACAGCCUGCAGCAGGAAGUUUCUCGAUUGCAGCAGCAGCAAGAGGAGCACGAGCAGCAGCAGCAGCAGCAGCUGCAGCAGCAGCAGCAGCUGCAGCAGCAGCAGCAAGAGCUAGAGGCCCAUAGGCAACAAGCUCGUACUCUCCUCCUUAGUAAGGAUGCAACUAUAGAUAGGCUGCGUCAACGGCUGCAGCAGCUGCAGCAGCAGCAGCAGCAGCAGCAACAGCAGCACCAACAACAACAGCAACAGGAGCAGCAGCAGCAGCAGCCGCAUGACUCGCAGCAGCAGCAGCAGCAGCAGCAGGCGCUGCUAGAGAAGCAAAGACAGCUGGAGGCACUGCAGCAGCAAAAUGAUCUGCUGCAGCAGCAACAGGAGGAGCAGCAGCAGCAGUUGCUGCUGCUGCAGCAAGAGAUUGUGCAGCUAAGACGCAGCGUGCAGCAGCCCAAACUCUCAGACGCCAGCAGCAGCAGCAGCAACUGCAGCAGCAGCAGCAGCAGCAGCAGCAGCAAACAGCAUCAGCCCCCGCCUCCUGAGGGUCCUCCUCCUUUGCCUCCUCAUGGGCCUAAAGCAAUCCAAGCAACAACCAACAGCAGCAGCAGCAACAGCAGCAGCAGCAACAGCAGCAGCAGCAGCAGCAGCAGCAGCAGCAGCAGGCAGCAAAUGGAGUACCUGAAGCACGUGCUGCUGAAGUUUAUAAUAUUUAGACAAAGAGGAGACACAGCAGCGCAGCAGCUGCUGCCUGUUCUUACCUCCUUGCUGCACCUUAAUCACGAGGAGCAGCAGCUGCUGCUGCAGCAAGAACCACAUACUUGGUGGCCCUCAUAG